AUGUGUGCCAUUGUUUUGAUGUAAGUGUGUUUAAAGAUUUUAAUCGGUUACAAAUUACUUUGCUGCGUGACUCAUUGUAAUAAAAAGACGUUUAGACAUUUGUUAUGUAAGUUAUAUAAACUUUUAGCCGUUUUAGUCAUUCCUCGAUCAAUUUAUCUAAAUGAAGUUGUUAUAGUUUUUAAAGCUUGUUUUUAAUAUUUAUUUUGUUUUAGGUCUAAAAUGGUGAACGAGGCUGCUCGUCGACAGCAAGAGCUCGAGCUCAAAAAGGCCGAGCUGGCUAGGCUAAAGAUGGAGCGUCAGAUGAGGAAUGCAGCCCGACAAACCAUGCCGGCUACACCUAAUAGGUUGAAUGGAACAGCGGCGGAGAACGGUAAAGAUUUGGUUAUUUUUUUUUAAUUUUAGGUAUUCUAAUAGACGAGUGAGGGAUUAAAAUAGUAUAUAAGAAAUAUUGAAGUGUUUUAAAGCUAAAAUACGGUUUGUUUUGGCAAGAAAUGGAUUAUAUUGUAGUACCUGCAGGCCAGGCACCUUGUUUCAGCCAUAGCUUUUUUAAAAAGGUAGUUAGGAAACUGAAACUUUCUGAGAUAUUAGAUCAUUAAUAGCUUUAACUAAGGUGAAAAAAAAGAUUUUAAGGUUUAAUUAAGUUUUUAAGUUACAGUAGUUUUGCCUAACUCCACUUUUGUCAAACGAGACUUUUAUCUCAACGAUCAAUUUUUUCUAAUAUUUUAAAAUUUUAAUUUACAGGAAAUGGUAUACGUCAAGUCUCUUCAACACAAGACAUGGACCAGCUGUUGGCCGAGGUUGGCAUAGCGCCCUCGGCCAGUUUGCCGGCCAAUGCUUCGGCGCCGAAUUUUCUCGCGUCAAAUGGACACAGAGUAAUAAAUGAUGAAGCUAACGAUGAGCCUGUUGCUUUGGUUUGUGUUUAUUGUUUUGUUUUGUAAUCUUGUGUUUUUCUUCAUCUUUAACAUUUUCUUUGGUUUCUUUCUGCGGUUUUUCAAUAUUUUUGUUGAUAUUGUAAUUGAUUUUUAGGUUUAUAUUGAAGGUUUUGAUGAGUUAUGGAUUUUCGUUAUUAUUUAAGUAGUUGGUAGAUGUAGAUAUUGGUGUUAGUGACUGUUUUGUAAGCUGAAAGGUUGUUUUAUAUGUUUUGUUGGUUGGAAAAGGUCUUUUUGGUGUUAAAUUGCUUAGUGUAAUAUAAAAUUGAUUUUUUUGUCAAAAAAUGUCGUUUUUGGUUUGUCAAAGUUGGUUUUAUUGAAUUACUGAGUGAUAUAAGUUUUUUAGCUCCUAAACCAACAUUUUUGGUACCUUCUAGUUUAAUAUGAGUGUUUUAUUACCUAAAACAACAUUUUCCGCUUUUAACUCUUUUAUUACAAAUUUUCAGGACAUAAAUCUAAACCGACGACCAUUGUUUGAAAUUGUACAUACAUCAAGUAUAAGUGUACAGCCCAAAAAUGACGUCAAAUACUCAAAAGUCACUCAAACGGUGGAAGUGGACACACAUGCUGAUAACUUUAGCACAGGCUCGGCCGAUGGCUUUGAGUUCGAUGACUUGAGUAUGGAUGGACGACAUGACACUAUUGACUUUGAUCUGGAUGGAAGUUUGGCCAUCGACAAGAUCUUGGGCACGGUGAAGGGCAAUGAUACGGUGAGAAUAUCAUUUAGAAUUCAUUAUUAGCUUAAGUUUCAUUUUUAAGCCUAAAUUUUAUUUUUAGGUUUAAAAUUUAAUUUUUAACUACCGUUUCAGCGAGAAAAGCCAGAAGUCGAGAAAGAGCAUGUUGUACAAGCCAAGAAGCCGCCACCUCUAACAGAACAAGAGAAGGAAGCCAUCACGAAAGACGAAAGAUUCCAAAAGUUCGUUCACCAAGCCUCAAGAAUGUUGGAAAGAGUAAUGGCAACUGAUAAAGAAUAUGAUUCUUUAGCUGAUUAUGGCCAAGACAUGGAAAACGCACGGUCAGACGCGUUGUUGACACUAAAAUCAACCUUCAACAACGAUACCUACUUGAACAAUCAACAAGGCCGAUGUGUGGAGUUUUGCGAAGCCCAUCCUGAACUCUUGGCCGUCGCCGUGAAUGGAGACGCUGAUGGCAAAGGUGGACCAUCUGGAAUCAUCAAUAUUUGGAAUACGGCUAUACCUACGCCUUCACCGGAGUAGGUUUAGGGCUUUUUUAGUUGGGAAAUGGCGAUGAAUUUGUUCACAAAUUUAAAAAUGGCAAGAGCUUUCUUUACAAAACUAUAUGCAAGAACUUUCUUUACAAAACAAAAAAUGGCAAGAACUUUCUUUAAAAAACACAAAAUUGCAACAACUUUCUUUACAUUUCAUUUUAACUUAUAACUAUUGUAGGUUUGUCUUCCACGCGAACGACAGAAUCCGGUCGAUAUGUUUCUCCCGUUUUCAUCCAAAGCUGGUAAUCGGUGGCUGCGAAACGGGCCAAAUCUGUGUAUGGGACAUGCGUAACAACCGCAAGAUUCCAGUGUCAAGGAGUCAAAUCAGCGCCAGAGGCCAUACACAAGCUGUAAAUGGGAUGCAUGUGGUUGGAACGAAUCAUUCACAUAGUAUGAUGACCACCUCAAUGGAUGGCAUCGUUUGUUGGUGGGGAUUGGAAAGCAUGAUCACACCCACUCAUAAAGAGGCUCUUAUUGGUACUGGCGCUAAGAAGAAUGUAAGGUUUGAGUGGGCUUAACUUUAGGGUUGUAUGGGGGUUUACGGAUCUUAAAGUGAACUCUGGGAUUAAAAAUGAAUUUUAGGUUUAAAAUUGAAUUUGUAGACUUAAGAAUGAUUUUUUUAAAUAAUUUUAGGCUUAAAAUGAAACUUUCUGUUUAAAAUGAAAUUUUAGGCUUAAAACCGAACUAUAACCUUAAAAAUUAAGCUUUAGGCUUAAAAUGAAAUUACAGCUUUAAAAAUGAGAUUUUUAGGCUUAAAAAUGAAGUUUUAGGCUUACAAGUAACAAUCGGCUUCAAAUUAAUUUUUUAGGCUAGUAAUAUGGUUUUUAGGUUUAAUCUGAUGAUGAAGAAUUAAAAGAUUUGAAUUUUGUUUUUUCAGCUUCCAAUAAUGUCGUCCGAUGUGUUUGUCAACGGGUUUGACAAAUUCGUCGCUGGUGGAGAAGACGGCUUUUUGUACCUCGGCGAACGUCAUAACAACGUGCCGACAGAGUUUUUGAGUAGGUUUUUUAGGAAAUUGAAAAAAUUGAAAUUUUAGGCUUGAAUAAUAAAAUUUAGGCCUAAAAGAGAUUUCUUUGGCUUAAAAAUAAACUUUAAUAUUAAAAGUAGAUUUUUAGGCCUAAUGUUGACUUUGAUGCUUCAUAAUGAAAUCUUAGGUUUAAAUGUUUAAUUUUAAGCUUAGAAUGAAAUUUUAAGUCUAUAAAUGAACUUUAAGCUUAUAAAUGAAUUUUUAGGAAAAUGUAUUUUAGGCCGUUAGAUGACUUUUUAUGCUAUAACUUCAUAUGAGAAAAAUUACAACUUUCAUUUCAGUGCACGAAGGCCCAAUAACAUCAGUAGCCCUACACAAAGCAUCAGGAGCCACAGAUUUUAGCAAUUACUGUCUCACCGGCUCAAUGGACUUUGAUAUGCACUUGUGGAACCUACAAGAUCAACCCAAGCCCGACCCAACCGACAAAACCAGCCAGUCGGUGGCACCACGGCCCGUCCUGUCAUUCCCGCACAAACAUGGCUACAGUUUCAUCACCGACGUCCAAUGGUCACCAAUCCACCCAGCCGUCUUCGUCUCGGCCUCAAUGAAUGGCAAGUUUUUCUUGUGGAAUCUGAAUAUGGACACGGAGAAUCCGGUGGCCGCGAUGGAAUUUGGCCAACUGGUCAGUAAAGUGUGCUGGAGCCGCGACGGACAUUAUGUGGUGGGGCUGGGCUCGAAUGGCAGCGCUCAACUCUUCGAAGUGCACGAUAGCUUGAAGAAUGUUAAACCAAGCGAAUGGGACACUCUUUCUGGGUAAGGCGGGAGGACUAGGGAGAGGCCAACGAUAGGGGUAGUGGUAAAAAAUGAUGGAAUUGAGGAAAAGAAGGGGGGGCAUGCCAAAUUUUUUUUUAAAAAAAAUUUUUGGUGGUGGAGGGCGGGGUAAAAAAAGGUUUAUACGGGGGGGGAGGAAGAACUUUCUUUACAAAACAAAAGAUGGCAAGAAAUUUCUUUACAAAACAGAAAGUGGCUAGAACUUUCUUUACAAAUCAAAAAACGGCAAGAACUUUCUUUACAAAACAAAAAAUGGCAAGAACAUUCUUUACAAAACUGAAAAUGGCAAGAACUUUCUUUACAAAACAAAAAAAUGGCACGAACUUUACAAACGAAAAAACGGCAAGAACUUUUUUAUCAACUUGUUUUUUUAAAUAUUAACUUUUAAUCAAAUUUUCAGUGUCCUAUACGACGCGGUUCAAGACUCGAAGCCGUUGUACAGCGAUGAAAAAGCCGCGAAUGAAUCUCAUCAAUCACAGGUUUGA